UUUGGCCUCAGACGAGACCUUUCAUGUUUUUUGUUUGCCUUUUCCUCCGGUGAAGCCGGCUCUGGGCUGACUUCCUUUGCUUUCAGGUUCAGUUUGAAAUAACAAGCUGAAAAGCCACGAGGCGUCGUUUUUGAACCUGCCGAGGAACGGGCGGCUUCAGAAGGAAACAGAAACAUCGGGAAAGCUCUGGAUUAACUGUUUCAUUGUUUCCAAGGGGAAAAAAUUCCCUGUAAUUCCCUCUGCCGCGGACUUUAGCCGGGAUGCACAAAUACUGCUGGGUCCACAGAUCUCUUGUUCUGUGCGCCUGGAUUUGCAUUUUGGCAGGCAAGAAGGGGGGUUCGGAGCUGGAAUUCUCGGCGGGAAUGCCUCUCCCGGGAUUUCGCUGUCGCACGGCGAGGACGGAAGGUUCCCAGCCCCAAGGACCGCAAGCAGGACACAGGUGAGGCCGGGAGAGGCUGCUCCUGGCUGGAAUGGGAGAGCCCUGCGGCUGGGAUUGGCCACACCGAGCCCCUGGAAAGCCUCCCUGGAAUUGUUUCGGUGCCUGGGAAUUCCGGGAGCCGGCGGUGUCCUGUUGAUAGCCCAGCCCCGGGUAACUCAUUGACCUCUGCUGGGAAGCGGAGGUUCCCAGGACGAUAAGGAGCUCUUGGAAGGAAUUCCUGCCCUCGUGUGAGGGAGUGGCAGCGCUGGGCACGCUCGCCCGCCCCGCAAACACGUCCGCAGCCCUGGGAGCUCCAUCCCGGCACUGCAGCGUUCCCUCGGGGCUUGGAGAGGCUGGAAUUUCAUCCAGGAGUUCCCCGGGAGGGAAGCAGAGCUGGGAGCUGGGAGCAGGGGCUGUGUUGUUCUUGCCCAGAGAUGCUCUGCAAACCACCCACAGUGCAGUGAGCCCACCCAGCCACCCCAAAUCCUGAUCCUGGGGGCUGGGAAAGGUCUGAGGAUGUGAACAAGGAGGGAAUGAGACUCGUCCUCAUCCUGGGAAGCCCAAGGGAUCCUGCACAGCAGCCAGCUCAUCCCUGGCGGUGUUGGAUCUGGGGUUUGGACAGCCCUGACCCCGGGGGUGAGGUGAGGAGUGUGAGUCCUGCUGGCCCCGCUCCCCUGAGCUCCUGCCCCGCUGGGACCAACUGCAGCGCUGGGGACAAUGGUGGCAGGACAAGAACAUGGCAGCAGGUAAGGCUGGGGUGACAGAGCAGAGCAGCCCCGCUCCCGAGGCAGGACACGGCUCCCCGGACCCCUCCGUGGUGCUGCUGGCUCUCAGGGACAGCUUUCCACCAGAGAUCUCGCUCUCCUUCUCUGUCGAGAGCCGCUCCUCCCGAUGCCGCAAUUCCCAGCUCCAGGAAGCUGCCAGGAAGAAGCUGUGGGCUCUGGAGAGUGAUGAUAGACAUGUCUGUGCCCUGUUCAAGGAGCUGUCAGCCAGGCUGGUCUGUGUGCAGGCACAUGAGGAUCGCUUCUUCCUCACCUUCAAAACCCUGGAGGAAGUCUGGAAAUUUUCCACGUAUCUGACUUUAGGGUAUGUGGGGACCUGCCUGGAGCAGCUCCUCUUUGGCCAGGAGUUCUGGCUGGACUGUGCCCUGGUGGAGGACACAGAGCUCAGGGUCACCGUGGAUGAAGAGCACCUGGCCACCAUCUACAUGGAUCUGCUCCUCCAGGAAGGGAACUUUUUCUCCAGGGCAGCGCCUGGAGUCUGGAAGUCGGAGCAGGAGGGUGAGGAGGGCCUGCAGCUCUGCAGGAAUGAGCUGAUCCAUGUGAAGAGUGUUGGACAGGAUUCCAAGUGGGAAGGGAUGUCCCUGCUGACCGGGCAGCGAGGCGUGGUGCCUGCGACAGCUCUGGAGCCGAUACCACAGCCCUUUUACCAGUGGUUCCUGAAGAAUUAUGCUGUGAGUUUUGGCCUCUCCCAGGAGAUCAGCGGGACGAGCUCCCAGGCCAUUGUCAAAGGCAGGUGCAUCGCCACCAAGGAGCACAGAGGAGCAGCGUGGGAUGAGCUGAGCUUCUCCAAAGGAGACCACAUAGAAAUUAUUGGCUUCUUCAUCCCGGGACUCCCCUGGUUUGUGGGCAAAUCCCUCAGCACCGGGAGCAUCGGCUUCAUUCCCACCCGACACGUCAGUCCCGAGGCUUGCGAACCUCUGGGAAAGGGCUUUGUGUUUCUGAGCGAAGAGGAGAAGUCCCCGGUCCUGCAUGUGCCCUGCAAUGGUGACGAGCAGCGCUUUGCCACCCUCCUGGGGGACCUGGCACACACUGACAUCACCUCUGUGUACCGGCUGGAUGGUUUUGAACCCACAGCCAUGUUCCCAAAAGUGCCACCAGAGGCUGCUCUCCGUGGCAGUAAAGAAAUCCAAGUGCUCCAGUCUUGGGAGGAAAUCAAUGACUGGGCUACAAGCAGCACCUCGGAGCUGUCCAGCCCAGGCAGUGAAGCCGCCCCUGCCACACUGGAAGAUGUUCUCCUGGAGAAGCUGGACGACCUGGAUUAUCCCAAAUUCUUCAUUGACCUCAAUGCUGGGCACAUGGAGGAUGCUGAUGUCUUUGACCCCAUAUUGACCUUCCUAAACCAAGACAAUUUUGUGCCCAGUUUUCAGAGCUUUUAUGACCUCAGCUUUUCCUUUCUCCACUCCACUUUUUAUGGUUUCUCUGAUGAGGAUGAACUGGUCCUGUACCUCGAGACAUCCCGGAACUGGGCCAAGAGGACUCGUUCAGUUUGGGCUCACGUCAGGCUCUGUUUCCUCUUGGGUAAGCUCUGCAUCAAAAAGGUCAAGUUCUCCCAGGCUCGGGUGUACUUUGAGGAAGCCAUGAGUGUCCUGGACAGGGGCUUUGGGGACCUGCCCCUGCUGGCAGCGCUGCACGUGAGCCUGGCCUCCAUCUACCUGAAGCAGAACAUGAAGCACAAGUUCUCCUGCCUGCUGGGGAAGACGGUGACCUUGCUCGUGUGCCUGCCUGGCCGCUCCUUCAGCUCGGAGAACGAGCUGGAGCUCCUGACGUACAUCCUGAGGGAAUCCAUCGCUGUGGGCAACGCUCCCCUGGAGGCCCGGAUCUGCUUCCUCAUUGUCAAGCUCUUCCUUCAGCUGGGCAGGACCGAGGAGGUGCUGCCCUUUCUGGAGCAUCUCCAGUGUCUCAGCAGCACCUGUGCUGGCCCACUGGAUGCCACUGCCACCCUGUGCCACCUCUACGACAAGAAGUGCCUGCCAAACAUCGCGCUGGCCUCCGCCAGGUCCUUUGUCCCCAGCGGCACCAGGGGGACACCGACGCCCAUCUGGAGAGCUGGCUUCAUCCUCCAAAACGCUUCCAAACUCCUGGGGAAGCAGCUGGACAGGAGCAGCAUCCCAGCACUGGCUUGUUUGUACCUCAAGCAAGCGCUGCAGUUCUGCUGCGAGGGCAGAGCCGUGCCCAGCCAGAGGACGCUCUGCGCCGUCCUGUCCAGGAUGUACCUGCAGCACGGGGCGCUGGAUGGGGCAGUUUGUUAUGCAGCCAGGGCUGCAGCCCUGGGCAGGUUGAUGGGGGAGGAGGAGGCUUUUGAGUCCUCGCUGUCUCUGGGGUGGAUGUACCUCCUGCAGCAGCAGCCGGGCCCAGCCGGGGCCAUCCUGCGGCAGCUGCUGCGGUCACUGCGUGGCACGGACAGCGAGACCCAGGGCGGGGCCGUGCACAACCUCCUGGCCAUGGCCCUCAGGGGCGAAGGGCACAUUCAGGAGGCUGCAGAGAACUUCCUACGGGCCCUGCACAAGGCCACGGAGACGGGGAACAGGAGGAAUCAGGCCGUGUCCCUGGCUAACCUGGGCCAGCUGAGCCUCUCGUGUGGUGCCACUCAGCUGGCCGAGCUCUACCUGCUGUGGUCAGUCCGGCUCUACGCCGAGCUCCAGGGACACCAACAGCUGGACGUGGAGCUGGCACAGGUGCUGCUGUGGCUGGCACAGGCCAUGGUGGACAGGCAGAGGAUGGAAGACGCCAAACUCUGCUAUGAACUGGCGCUGGGGUUUGCCCUGAAGUGGCAGAACCUGAGGAGUCAGCUGCACGCCACUGAGUGUCUGUGCCAUUUCUACAGCAAAGUGUGCCCCGACCUGCAGGCCUGCAUCACCUACCACGAGCACUGGGCGUCCUUGGCACGGCAGCUGCAGGACAGGGAGCUGGAGGGCAAUGCCAGGCAGGCCCUCAGCCAGCUCUACCAGGCUUUGGGCACACCUGAGGCUCUGAGACAAUCCCUGGACUGCACCAAGCAGAGCCUGAGGAUCUUCAUCGACCUCGAGGAGGCUGUGAAGGCAGCAGAGGCCUGGCUGCAGGCAGGAAAACUCUAUUAUCUUCUACAGGAGGACGAGCUGGUGGAAAUGUACUUCCAGGCAGCCAUCCAGACUGCUCUGAAAUGGGACAACUUCUCCUUGGCCAUGGAUCUUUACGAGAAAGCAGGUGACACCUUCUUUAAUGGCAGCAGGAACAGGCACCGAGCAGUGGAGUUCUACAGGGGAGGUGCUGUGCCCUUGGCCAGGAAACUCAAGGCCACCCAGACAGAGCUGAGGCUGUUCAAUAAACUGGCAGAGCUGCAGAUUGGCCUGCAGGGCUAUGAGAAGGCUCUGGAGUUUGCCACGCUGGCAGCCAGGCUCAGCCUCAGGGUCGGGGAUCAGCUGCAGGAGCUGGUUGCCUUCCACCGCCUGGCCGCAGCCUAUGACCUGCUGCACAUGUAUGAGAUGGCCGAGGAUUGCUACCUGAAGACCCUGGCCAUGCGUCCCCCUGUGCUGCAGAGCUCAGCAGAGGCCCUGUACUACUGCAAGGUCUACUGGCACCUGGGCAACCUGGCCCUGCACAAGCUGAAGGAUGAACAGGAUGCAGCCUCCUACUUCCUGCUGGCCCUCGCCGCAGCCGCCGAGCUGGGAGACCAGGAGCUGCAAGCCCUGCUCCGUGCCAAGCUGGGUGCCAUCCCCGGAGCCCCAGGGGGACCUGAGGGCACGCCAGGCUGUGCCACGGACCGGCCCCGGUGGCUGAGCGAAGGUGGCCAUGUGGUGUGACCCAUCUGCCACCCUGGGGACACCAGUGGGAGCCGUCCAGCAGCGCCGUGCAAGGGCCGUGUGCUCUCCAGGAGAGGUCCUGCGCCACGUCCUGAGGAGCUGGAAGGGUUUGGGCUCCUUGUCCCAAGCCUUUGGGAGCCUUCUGUUGUUUUUCAGGAGCAGGGCUGUGCCCACAGCGGAGGUGGCACAGCCAGGGCAGGAUAUCCAGGCAGGAUGAGGUGCCAGCAGCGGUGCUGGAGCUGGGGGUGCAGCAGGGCUGGGCUCCUGGAGGGAGGUUCAGGAGUGCCCUGCCCAGGAUGGGGACAGGGAAGUGCUGCCAUGUGCCUGCCUGUCCCCACAGCUGCCCCACACCUUGGAGCAGCUCAGCCUGGCCCAAAGGUGUUUGAAAUAGCAACUCCUUUAUUGAUGCCUGGUUUUUAUCCUCGUCUGCUCCACGAGGUCUGUGAUGACACCUCUGCCAAACCCCUCUCCUGUAAAGAGCACCACCAAAGCUUUUGGCAGUGAGAGACAGAAUUUGGGAUGUGAGGAGGAUGAAAGGGGCUGGUCCAGCCUCAUCCGGGGGCAGAGAAAACUGCUGGGGCAGAGACAGAGCCCACCCUCACCCCAGCCCCACCAUCCAGCCUCAGGGUCUGGAGCAGGAGCACAGGAAAAGAGCCCUGGAACGGGGAAGUGCUGGAGUCCCCAUCCCUGGAGGUGUUAAAAUGUAGACGUGGCAUUUGGGGACACGGUUUGGUGUCGGACUCGGUGAUCUUAGGGGGAUUUUCCAGCCUGAGUGGUUCUCCCGGGCGCACGGCAGGAGUGCGCGGCUCUGCUGCUCAGCCCGUCUGGCCACCAGAGAGCAAUAAAUGCCCAUUUUUUGCAGCGAGAGCGGCUCCCCUGCAAAGCCCGAGCCCGGCUCUCACUCCGGGCAGGAGCGCAGGGAAUCAGGAGCAGUUUUCCCAGCUCAUCUCUUUGCUUUGACAACCAGUGGCCAUCUGGGGCUUCACAGCCAGACCCCGCUGCCGGUUCCGCCACCUCCCUGCCCGUGCUGCCCUGCCUGGGAUUGUUAAACGCAGAAUAUUUAUUUCCUCUCUCCUCUCUGCAAACGCUGAGUUCAGCUUCCUCUUCCAAUCCCGUCGAGGCGUUUGUCACCGGGGCGAUGAAUAUUUACUGCUUGUUUACCGAGCAUUCCUGCGGUGCUGCCGGGCAGCCUCAGACCCCAGUCCGGAGGAGGGAAAUCUUCAUCCUGGGUGAAAUCCAGCGAGCUCCGGGGUCCCCGAAACCUUCCUCAGCUGAUCUCAGUGCGGGUGGUUGGUGCUCUCCGAGCCAGGAAAGGAUCUUUCCAGCCGUUUUACAGGCAGCUCCCCUUUUUCUUUUUGUCUAGGUGGUCUUCAAGGACCAUUCCAACCCGUUAACCUCCUAUGAUUCUUUCCACACGCGGGGAAAAGCACCGUCUCACAUCUUUGUGCCAGGAGGAAGAUGGACGAUUGGAUAUCAGGCUGUGGAGAGGAGCUGGGAUGGCUCGGGAAGCUCUGAGGGCUUUGAUUAAAAUACAGGCUCAGCGUCUGAGCUGGCCUAACUCAGCCGAGCUCCAGGAGUCAAACAGAGAUGUUCUGAUUCACAGGGACUCUGGAGCUGCUCUGAAACCAAAUGUGUCCUCCUUAAAUCACAGCAAACCAAAUUUGUGGUGUCUGCAGGGAAAAAAAGUCUUCCUCCUCGGGACCAUCCAUAAAAGCUCAUUUUCCCUCUCCCUCAUCUGCCUGUCUGCUCCCACGUGCUGUGGUGCAGUGGGAUGAGAGCUCAGGGAGGCCAGGGCUGAUCAUAAUCCAUAAUACACUGAAAUUUAAAGCUGUUGUUUGUGUGCACCAGAUCCUGGGCCUGUGCCCAAGGGAAGAUGAGGAUAUUCCAUCCCUCCAGGCAUCAGGUUUUUGGGCAGAGAAAUUUAGGGACUUUGUGCCAGAGGAGGUCACCAGGUGGUGGCUGAGCUCCUGGAGGCUGGGGGUUGUCAUCCUGUCCAGGAAGGGGAUGCUGUCCCUCAUUCCUGGGGCUUUCUUUGGGACACAGCAGGAGGGAUGCACCCUCGAGGUGCUGAGGGGUGCAGAGCCUGGCCAGAGCUGUGCUGCUGCUCCAGGAGAAGGCUGGAAGAGAAGGAAUGUGGGAACACAGGAAUUAUCCUGCAGAAGGCAUCGACCACCAGCGUCCUCCUUCUCCACGGGCAGAGGCAGAAAUAGGGGAAAGGGGAAGGAUGGAUCAAAUCUCCUCCGACACCAGGUGUGCCGUGGCUUGUGACUCCUUCCUGAGCCACUUGUGACUGCCUGUUCCAUGCCCAGGCCAGGAGUUUUCCUUGCUCCCUGCAGCCAGCCAGGCUGGAAAUAGGCCUGGUGGGAGCCACGUGCAGCAGCACAUGCCGCUCAGAGCAGCGCCUUCCUUCCCAGCGCUUCCAGAGGCUGCCGGGAGCUGCAGGAACAUCCCUGCUUUGGCUUUGCUGCUCCAAUCCUUCCCCAGUUUGACCUGCCAGGCACCAGCACUCCCAGUCCUGACGUAAAGCCCGGCGCUGGCACCGUGAUCUCGUGUUUGUUGAAUGCCUCAGGGGGCCAUUUCAGGCCUGGAAUAACGAGGGGCUGGAUUUCUCUCACAUAUGUUCGUUCUUGGACAGUGGAAAUACCACGGCAGGAAUAAUUCUUGCAUCAUCUGAGCUCUGGUGUGAGCCUCCCGUGGAAUCAGGAGAAAGGAAAUGCUGAUAAAUAGAAAUACAGAUAUGGGCAGAGAGCUGGAUUUAUUUGGGUUUUCGUGGAAAUGACUCUUUCCUGCAGAAAUAGAGCACCCAACAAUAGCAGUUGUUAUCAGCAGACAUUUUUUCAUCAUUCCUUCAUGGCACAGUGCUGCAAACUGGGCUGGAUGUGGAGGAGCAGAGAUAAACCUCGAGCUCAGCUUAUCUCAGAGGUGGCCGCUCCUCUCUGGGCAGCAUCUCCCAGUGUUGCCUGGAUCGGUAAUGAGGAGUUUGGUAAACACCAGCUGUUCUGCUCAGCAGAGCUGGGGGGAGUGUGUAAACUGGGUAAUUUAGAUUAAAAAUCAUUUGUUUGCACAGCAACCUGCUUGUUCAGGGAUAAUUGGGCUCAUAAAUAUGUAUGGCGGAGGAGGAGCAGGGGUUGAGGCUGAGCCAGAGCCAGGAGUCACCAACUGUGGCUGCAGCAACUUAAAUAAAAUUUCCUUCUCUGCACUGAGGUGUGCAGGGAUGGAAAGAGCUGGAA